UUAUAUAAAUCGAGUUAGGAAUGAUUUGUAAAAUUUGAUAAUUUUGGAAAUAAAAUACUCUUCCAAGGCAUUUGUCUGAAAGUGUACAAUUAACUUUUUUGAUGACUGUGUAAACAUGAAGGAUCUCGAUGGAACAAUCAUCCUUAUCAUUUAAAAAAUUCUGAUAAUUCAUCAAUAAUGAGGACUGUGUGCGAUAUCAAAGAACAAACUAAGAACUUUCUUGAUCAUGCUAAUGAUGAUGAUUACAGUGAUGAUGAGGAUGAUUAUAGUGAUGAUGUGGAUGAUUAUAGUGAUGAUGCCAAUAACAAAUCAUUAAAUAAUCUAUCACAAAGCUUCACACCAGAAUGUCCUUUUUCUAGUACACGUAAUUCUUCUCUAACAACACAAGUGCGUGAAAGAAGCUUUCAAAGUAUAAAUACAAGUCGAUCUUUCAAUAUUACUAGCACUUCUUUGAGUAGCUAUAGCCAAGUACCUAUAGUUCAAAAAACAAGUAAUAUAGAUUUAGUUACAAUAGAUAAACUAUUAGAUGAACGAAUGCAUAUUGUUCAGACACAAUUUAAUCACCAAAAAUCGAAUAUCUGGAAUGAUAUAGCAUCUGGUAUAUAUGAUGCAGUUUUAUAUCCUGAGAAACCAACAGUUAUUACAUUGUUUGGAAAUGAAAUAGAUACUUUGAAUUGCUUAGCACAAAUGCUUGGAGAAGUAAGUGGUACAAUUUUAGGUAGCAAUGAUUACUUAAGUUUAACACCCAAAGAUUUUCCAAAUGAUGUUGGAGAAACUAUUUAUAACUUCAAAGUAAAGAUUUCACAAAAGCGGGUAGUAAUCAUUCAAGAUUUAUUGAGUAUCAAUACAGAAGCAAUAAAAGCGUUUCAUAACUUCUGUGACAGACAAAGACCCUUGAUUAAAAAAGCUAUUUAUAUAAUAACAAUAAUUAUUGAUGAAUACAAGCCAUCGCAAAGUGAAUUAGAAUUCAUUGACAAGCAAAUAUUUAAAAAAUUAUCAGGGAAAAUAGAUAAAGAUAUUCUGGAUCCUUUGGUAACUAGGCUGACUGAUGGAGUUAUUGUGCCAGUAUUACCAGAGUCAAGUACACGUUUCAAUAUGAAAAAAUGCUUGGUUUCUAAAUAUAACAGACUGUGAUUUUCUAGGAAGUUGUGCAACGUGUGAUU